GCUGCGACUUUUAUGCGUACGUAUACCGACUGAAUUCGCGCAUGCGUUGUACCCGCGGUACCAUCGACGGCCAUCUUCGCUCCUGUUGUCUUUUUCUGGUGACUUUGUUCCAGAUUUCAAUGACCGACAAUGACUACUGGUGCCAGUAUGUUACUCAAAAAGCAGUUGAAAGAGAUGGAAAGCAAAGACGGGACUCAAGGCUUUUCAGCGGGACUCAGUGAAGAUGAUGACCUCUUCAAAUGGGAGGUGAUCAUCUACGGUCCCCCAGACACCUACUUUGAGGGUGGCUUCUUCAAGGCCGAGUUGCUUUUCCCUCAGAACUACCCUAACAGUCCUCCAAAGAUGAGGUUUGUCUCAGAAAUGUGGCAUCCAAACAUUGAUAAGAAUGGCGAUGUGUGCAUUUCGAUCCUCCAUGAGCCGGGGGAUGACAAGUGGGGGUAUGAGGAAGCCUCAGAGCGUUGGCGGCCUGUACACAGCAUCGAAUCCAUCCUCAUUAGCGUUAUAUCCAUGCUGUCUAGCCCAAACGACGAAUCUCCAGCAAAUGUAGACGCAGGGAAAGAGUGGAGGGACGACUACCAAGGUGCAUUCAAACGCAAUGUGCGCAGAACUGUCAAAAAGAGCCAAGAGUUAUUAUAGUGGAUUUUGACUGACAUUUUCCUUGGAUCCUUGGAUUUGAAGAACACAUUUCUGAGGGCAGCCAAGUUGACUGGAAAUGACUGUCGACAUUGUGGAACUUUUUUUAUAUGCAAUGUGAGCGACGGAACUAUUAGGACUCGCAACCGAUCUGUGAUCAGGACGACAUCUCUUACGACUCUGGAAAAGAGGCGACAGCGUUUUUUGGACUUGUAUAUAGAAACUGGCGAUUGUUUAAGAAUACUGACACACAAUGUUUUGGAAAAUCAUGUCUGCGAUAGAAGGUGUGAGGUAAGUGGGUGCGACCAUUUUAGCUGUACACUCUUCCUGAAGGAUUUGUCGACAACUGGGGGAACUGAGAAUUCCACGGGACGUUUUUUGGACUGCAAGGAAGAUUUUGACAACUCUCUUCAAGAGUCUUGAAACGGGGGUUUUGGGGGGUUGGGAGGGAUUAAAUACAAAAGGUGGGAUGUCCCCAUUUUUUUUAGUCCUAAAAGAAUGUGUGUGGUUUUUUCUACUCGUAUGUACUCGUAUGUAUAUGAGAGGGUCGGCAAAUAUACAUGUGGAAAAACUCGAGAAAAAAAUUUUUUAAAAAAAGUAUCCUCAUUUUGACAAUUUUUUCGGGAAGGAAUGAGGAAUCAAAAGAUACAGAAUGUGUACAUAAUCUUGAGUGGAUGUGGCUGGAUUGUGCCUUUUGGCAGCAGAAUCUCAGGAAUUUUAAAAAGCUGGGAGUAGAACUGAGUUUGUGUUCUGUGCUUGAACCCCGCAACAGAUAGGGAGUCGGGAUCUUCUUACGCUAAAACACACUUUUUUAUCAUUUUGGUCGGUUUAGCUGUAUAUUAACAGAGUUACAUGUAACUUGUCUUUUUCGCUGUGUGCAACAAAAAUUACCAAUAAUGUAAAACCAAAAAUGAAGGCGAUAGCAUACAUGUUAACUAAUUGACAGUGAGGUUACAACUUGACCCAACUUCAUGAACACAAUGUGAACAUGUGUGCCUUGGGAAAUAAAGUACUCCGCGACUUACAUGUAUUGAACUGAUUGCACUUGUAGUUUAUGCUGGAACGAGUGAAACAUGAGCGCACAGAAGAUGCGGACACCGGCUCUAUAUGAGUCAUCAUCACCAUCAUCCUUGUGAAAUCAUUGCUUUGAAACUGGUGUUCAAAAGCAUACUUUUGACCUCAAACUUGCAGAUUGUAACGUUCAGUACUUUAGCUAUGCUGUAUGGAAAUUGAGACCUAAAAUUAUUUAGAAACGAGGAAAAAGCACUGGAAUUCUGAAAGCCAGACAACAUCCUUAUUUUCCUGGGUUUCAGGUAGAAUGAGCUUCUGAUGUUUAUACACAGCUACACCGACACAAUGAUAAAAAAAUGUGUGCAUUAUCGUCAGGAAAUCCUUACUACAUGCCAGGGCCCAGUGCCAUGAUUGCAUACUGAAAAGUAAAGAAAAUCCAAAGCUAUGAGCAUCUUGACUAAGAUUUUAAGUGUGUUUACCUACUUCUUUGCCAAUGCAUAUUCCUUCCAAUGGUAUGACCAAGCCCCACUGCCAAUUUAGCAAAUCUACAUACAGUACACCUCCCCCCCCCCUCAAUAAAUUAUCAUUGUUAUGCUGCGUGCCCAACUACAUGCAUGAAGACUUUGCCAAAAAAUUGUUAAUUAUUUCUUGUACCUUGUUGGGCCUUUUCACAGUGUGCAAAGAAAGAACUGUUCCAAUGUAAGUGUUUUAGAAAAUUGUGAUUAUUGAGAUCAAGGGCUAAUAGCUUUUCUACAAAAAACUAUUAAAAAAUCAGGCUUUUAAGUA